AUGGACGGUCUUCUUCUCAAUACCGAAGAACUAUACACAAUUGCCAUCUCGAAUGUAUUGAAACGAUUUGAAAAACCGGCACUAGCUUGGGAUUUUAAAGUCCAGCUCCAAGGGAUUCCUACUAAGCAGGCCAGUGAGAUGGUAAUCAAGCAUUAUGAUUUGCCAUUGAAAUGGGAAGAACUAGAGCGCUUAAACGUCGAGGAACAGUCAAGCUUAUGGCAUAUGGCAGGAUUUUUGCCUGGCGCAGCAGAGUUAAUUCAAGGCCUCAAGGCUAAAGGAAUUCCAAUUGCAUUGUGCACCAGCUCUACGUUGGAAAAGUUCAAUAGCAAAACCGCCCAUCUUAAGGAUGUUUUUGAUCUCUUCGAUGUGAUUGUGACAGGGGACGAUAAAAGAAUUCUUCCAAAUAGAGGGAAACCACUACCGGACAUUUGGGAACUGGGGUUGAAGCUAUUAAAUGAGAAAUUCAAUACUAAGUACUUGCCUGAACAGUGCUUAGUUUUCGAAGACGGCAUCGCAGGAGUGAAAGCCGGGAAAGCUUUUGGGGGGUAUGUCAUUUGGGUCCCUCAUCCUGAAGCUAUUCCUCAUCUUGGUAAUCCAGACGACCUAUUGGAGGGCAGAGGUGAGAUGCUCUCAUCAUUAGGGGAGCUUGAAAAGUCGAAGUUUGCUUUAUAG